AUGACAACAAUACAUCUACAACAAACAUCGACAAAUCAAAGUCCACCCUUUCAAGAAAAAAGAAAAGAAGAGAUGAAUUCUUUAGAAGAAUCAAGGGAGGAUGAUAGUAGUGAAUAUACAGAAGAAGACAGUUUUGUUUCAAGUCAAACCGAAAGUUAUUCAAGUGAAUCUUCUCAGUCAAUUCAAUUAAGUCAAAACUCAGAAAGGUCAACUGACUCUAUGGAACAAAUGCAAGAAAUAGUUGAUGCAAUGCAAGUACAAAUUCGACAAUAUAAACAAUUAUUAGAAACAACACAAAGUCAUAUGGAAAAACAAAUUAGUACACUUCAAAUGGAAAAUAAAGAGUUAAAAAAUAGGAUAAAAGAAAAAGAUGAGAAAUUAAUUAAAGCAGCAGAUGCAAUCAAAACUAUGGUCAAUGAUAUGAAAGAUUUAGGAGAAGAAAAAAGAAAAAUUGCAGAAGAAAGUGUUAAAGAUAAAGAAGAUUUAGCUGCUUUAUAUAAACGAUUAGGACAAUUAGAAAAUAGCAAUGGUAAAAUAAAUCUCAAUGAACUUGAAGUAUCAAUGAUAUUUAAAUUAGAAAAAAAUCAAAUUGUUUCAGCAGAAAUUAUUAAAAUGAAUGUUGACCAACAAAAACAAGACCUAAAACUUCAAAUUGAAGUCCUUGAAAAGAAUUUAAUGACAAGCAAAAGUGAAUUGUAUUCAUUAAAAUCAAUAAAUGAAGAUCUUAAUAAACAAAUUAAAUCAACAGAAAAUAUUAAAAAAGAGGUCAUUGAAUUACGUAAAGAAAAAUUAACUUUACAAGGAAAAAUUGAUGAAUUAAAUACCAUUAUUUCUAACCUAAAACAUUUAAAAAAGAAUAGGAUUAGUAUUAAAGGAGAAUCUAAUGAAUCAAAUUCUUUUAAAGAAGAUGCUAUUGAUAUUAUUAGUAGAAUAACUACUUUUAAACCACAAGGAAUGUUUGACCAAACAACUUAUGAAGAAUUUGCUUUAUUACAAGAACAAAAUGCACUUAAUCCAUUUAUGUUUACUCAUGUACAAGCACAGUGUACUGCUAAAUUAAAAAAUACAUUUAAUUCAUUUAUUAAAACAUCACAAAUACCUUCAAUUCAAGCAAUUAAGGAUUAUAGUGAAAUAUAUAAUAAUGUCUCAAAUAAAUGUUUCUUUGCUACAUACCUUAAACGUGAAGCUCCUCACUUAAAAGUUUAUCAUGAUGUACUUAUUGAAAUAACUCAAUUUAAUGCAAAAUAUUGUAAAGUUAAACCAACAACAACAUUAAAGAAAAGUAUUAAUAAUUUAAUUUUUAGUUCAAGUUCUAAUACAUCAGCUGCAACAAAUGUAAUGAAUAAUCAAUGGCUAAGAAAAAGAAGAGCAACAGCAGUAAGUGUAAUACCUAAAUAUCAAGACUAUUCUUUAUUAGCAAAACAAUUAUCUCAAACAACAAUUAAAGAAGAUAUAAAAGAAAGAGUUAAUAUAAAAGAAGAAAAUAGGUUAUAUAAAUUGCUUUGUUGGACAGGAAAAGAUAUUUGGGCAUGUAUUAAACCAACUAAUAAUAAAAGUAUUAUUCAUGUAUUCAAUAAUAUUAAUGAAAACCCAAUACAAAUCCUUGAAAUAGAAGGAAAUAUUUGUGCUAUUAUUUAUUAUAAUGGAAAAGUAUAUAUUGGUAAAACAAAUAGUGUUAUUGAAUGUUAUAAUAGUAAUGACUAUACUAAGAAAAAUGAAUACCAUUUAGAAAGUGAAGGUGCUAUAACUCAUUUAGAAAGUGUAGGAAGAAAAGUAAUUGGAUUAACAGAAGAUAAGAAUUAUAUUGAGAUAGAUAUUAAACAUGAUAAAAAGAAUGAAAAAAAAUUAUCGUUACAAAGUGAUAUUAGAACAGCAGCGUUAGUUGAUAAUUCAUUAUGGAUUGGUACAUUUGCAGGGUUACAUAUAUGUGAUCCAGAUAAGAAAAGAAAAACAAGUAUAGUAAAAGAAAUUGCAAAGAAUGAAAUUAUGCAAGUAAUAAGAGCAUAUGACUCAGUAUGGGUUGUUAUGAAAGACAAUAUUUAUAUUAUUGAUAUUCUAUCACAAAAUGUUAAAAAAGUUAUUUCUGCUCCAAUAGAAAAAAUAAAACUUAUUGGAAAACAAGUCUGGAUAUUACAAAAAACUGGAGAUAUUAAAGUUUAUGAUAGUGAAAAACUUGAACUUGUUACUGAACACCAUAUCACUACAAAACCUUUAAUUGAUAUAAUUCCCGUUUUUAAAACUUUAAAUAAAUCAUCAACUUCUAAGAAAAAUGAAUGGGUUUGUAUUAUUUGUGAUGAAGACGGUAAAUUUAGUAGUAUAGGAACUAACUAUCCUUAUCAUAAUUGGACUGCAAUUCCUUCAACAGAAUUAAAUACCCAUACUUGUUAUAAAUGUAAUAAAAAAUUUAAUAAAGGUGGUAUUUAUUGUAAAAACUGUGGAAGAGUUUUUGUAUGUGACAAAUGUAGAGAAAAUGUUGAUUUUAUAUCCUCAUUAACUUCUACAGAACUUUGUAUUCAUUACCCAACGAAAAAACCUUCAACUAAAUCUUCAUUAAAAAAGAAACUAUAA